UCUACUUUGCAACUGGUGUUCAGUGCGGCAGGAGAAAGCAAGACGCCUAUUCCUUUCAAUUUCCCACGAUGGGGACUGGAGGUACACGUAGAGCCGUGCAAAGACUCAGCCACACCAUGCUGCUAGCCCUCGUGCUGGCUGUUGUACUUUGCUGCAGCAGCAGUAGAGCCUGGCCCAUUGCAUGCCUGCGAAGGAACGUGUUCGUUCCACUCAGAGAGGUCUUCCAGUACGAUUGCUCUUCUCGCGGCUACGCAUCGUUUCCACCUAUUCCACAAAGCGACAGGGAGCAAACAUACAUUUUGCAUUUGGAAAACAACCAGCUGCACAUCAGUGAUAGCCAGGCAUUCGCUCAUUUCAACAUUCUCUACAAUCUAUACAUGUCAAAUAGCGAGAUUCCACAUUUGAUGGACGGUUUAUUUGACCCAUUAGUCAAACUCCAUUCCUUAGAUCUGUCCAAAAGUCAAAUACAAACCGUAGGACCAAACGUUUUCGCCAAUCUUCACCAUCUUGUACAAUUGAAUAUGUCUGGCAACAAAAUACAAUUGCUGCCGCCUAACGUGUUUCGGGGCCUGUCUUAUUCUGCUGCUAUCAAUCUUAAAGGCAACCCGCUUGUACAGGACUACAGACUCUGUGGAGCGCUCUACAACCAAUACACGCCGCAUUUGUACUUGCUUGACACGGAUGUUGUAGCGAAUUUGGGGUCUGGGUCCUUCCCACAAGCAGCAAUCAGUGUUAACCAUGUGUGCAGUCGACAGUGCAACACUUGGAGACCCGAUUUUCUGAAAGUCUGCCCGAAUGCGUUCUGCAAAGGAACUGUGGCCAAUCAUCAAUGCUUAACAAUGGAUUCCCAUGCGUCGUUGUAUGAAGUCUGCCCCAAUUCGCUAAACAUACUAAGGAUGUUCAGCAGCAAAGAAGGAAAUUUCUGGGAUUCCAGGAACUCGUGUCGCGCAAUGGGCGCUAGUACCACACUACCGAGUGAAGACGACUUUCAGAAAGGCUGUGUGGGACGGCUGCUUGCCAAGGUCCGUCAGCAGUACAACCUUGACUACACGCCCGUCGUGUGGCUGGGAGAGCUGUACCUGGGGAGAAAUGCUUACGCCAGCGACGGAAAAACUUACCCUCUGGCAACAGGCAAGCUGUAUUACAUGUGCAGCACGAUCCAGUAACACGUGACCUGGGUAUUAUUCCCCUGCUGUCUAUUCUGCCAUCGCCUUGGUUACUGCUACAUGUACAGUGCUGGUAACUGAAAUCCGACCCCUGAGCGGUGCACUCACAUCGCAAAGACCCAACACGGGAUAGUGAAACUGCGAAAUAGAGACCGCUAGAAUGUGAACGCAUCGCUCACGGGUCGGAUUUCAGUUGCCAGCGCUGUAUUUUGAUCUUCUUUAUUUUCAAACAUUGCUGUAGAGGUGUUAUGGGCACAAAACUAUUUGAGUAUGUGUUCAACAUGUUUAAUAAUACAUGUCUCCUUCAUCAUAGUUUUCACAUUGUUGUUCACAGGUGUGUCGUUUUGCUGUUUCUUUUUCACAUUACGGUUGCCAGCCUCUUGUUUGUCUCCACAAUCACAUGUAGUCUUGCAAUUCGGGACAAUCAUGUCUUUG